UGCGUGGCGCAUCGUUCGCAGGUCUCGAAGCCAGUCUUAUUGCAUCGGUCUACCUAUCCAGUACGAGCAGAUUUUCCAGGAAGCUCCAUUAAGUAAGCAGGAACGAGGGCCGGCUAAGUGUUUUCCCGAUCGUGAAACCUGCGGGAUAGAGUUGGCAGUCUUGAUGAACAAGGUCACAGUACAUUUUGGAUUGAUAAUAAGGGUAUAGAGACCCACCAGGAAGCGUUUCCAGGGACAAAAAAACAGAUCUCCAUCUAUAAAUCAAUCUCACAAGUGUCGACAUCGACAUCAUCUAUCACCAUUUGGGGCCAGAGUAAACAUUUACCCAAAUAACUACAUCUGCAUCUUUGCAGCCAUUAGCCUGUAUCAUGGCGGACAACUUGAGGAUAGCUGUGAUAGGUGCAGGCAUGGGUGGUCUCUCAACCGCCCUUUCCCUUGCCAAAGCUGGCCACAAAAACAUCACCGUCUACGAGAAUGCUUCCAAUCUUGGCUUUGUGGGAGCAGGAAUCCAGCUUGCACCAAACAUGGCCAAGAUCCUCGAUAGAUUAGGCUGCUGGCAGAAGAUUGCUGCCGAGGCGGUUCAAUGUGCAAACACGUACAUUCGUGAAGGUGCGACAAACAAAGAGUUGGGUUUCGUCGAUCUUGCGUAUGUGGAGAAGACAUAUAAAUACCCACACAUGGUCGGCCACCGUUCCAGUUUAGCAGGUGGUCUCUAUGACGGAUGUGUCAAGGAAGAGGGCAUCGCCUUCAAGUUCAGCAGCCAGAUCUCUGAUAUCAAAUUUGGUUCAAGCCCAAGUUUUAAAGUCACCCCGAGAGAUGGGGAGGCUCAUCGAGUUGAAUGCGAUAUUCUUCUCGGUGCUGAUGGCAUAAAGAGUAAUACUCGCACUGCACUACUUCAAGAAAAUGGCCAGACCGGAACUGUAAAGGACUCGGGCCAAGCUGCAUACCGCAUCAUGCCAACGCGCGAGCAAAUGGCCCACGAUCCCGAACUUCUCGCACUCAUCGACUCUGAAACAGUGACCCGCUGGAUCGGCGAGCGUAAGCACAUCAUAGCCUAUCCCAUCCAGAACAACACCAUCUACAACAUCUCCACCUUGCAGCCAGAUGUCAACUUCGCGGGCGCACCCGACUCCACAUACACAACCCAGGGCUCCAAGUCCGCCAUGCUGGAAGUGUUCGGCGACUUCUGCCCCAUGAUACACAGGCUGCUGAAUCUCGUGCCGGAUGGUGAGGUUUGCGAGUGGAAACUACGUCUCCAUGACCCACUGCCAACAUGGGUCCACGAUAGUACUGCUCUCGUCGGUGAUGCGUGUCACCCCACUCUACCACAUAUGGCGCAAGGCGCUGCGCAAGCCAUCGAAGACGGCGCCGUACUAGGCGUUGUACUGUCUCCAAGUCGCAUUUCGGAUUGCUCACCCAGCACGAUUAAUCACGCUCUUCGGCUGUACGAGCAACUCCGCAAACCACGUGCAGAAGCUAUUGUCGAGCUUGCGGCCGAGAACGGACGAGCAAUGCAUCUCGGGGCUGGCAAGGCGAAGGAGGAGCGGGAUAAGGCUUUUGCGGCGUUGAAGAGUGGGCCAGGAAAAGUGCCGGACAAGUGGGCCGAUGCUGGGGUUCAAGCCAUAGUCUAUGGGACAGACGUUAUUGUUGAGGCAGAGAAGCUAUGUGAUGAGGCAGGAUUAGUCGCAAAGCUUUGAAGAUAGAAUGAAUGCAUGAG